GAGUCUGGUCAUGUUUGCAUGGAGCACUUUGUAUACACUCUGUACGAGGAGUAUUCCCCGGGAUCGUCGCAGGCGAUAUGGGUCCUUGUUCGGUGUGAAUAACCCGGUACCGGUGAAACAGUUUGAGAGCUUCUCUAUCGUUUUCUUUGGAGAGUUGCCAUUAGGAUUUUCAGGAGUGUAGUAGACCCCGUUUUCUUGGCUCUGGGCCUAGCUAGCUCUAUUACCUCAGCUGAUUGGUUUAUGAAUGGAUGGAUUUGUAGUGUAGUAUGCAGUGUAGAAAACAAUUCCAACAAUCAUGAAUGGAAAGCAAUUUGUGUGGUGUUGGAUGCUAAUGUGCUGCGCUUGUGUACUUUUUGAUGCUGUCUCUGGAUCAAACAAGAAAUUUACCGGAUUACACCCACCGUCAUGGACUUUGUCAGAAAUAGUGACGCCCGUCCGCUUGGAACAUGGCGACGUCCAUAAAGGGGAGCGUCACUUUCAAAAACGAAGUGCAACGUUGCCAGAGCAGCAUGAGGCACGUGACAGCGAACAAUCGACUCAAUACCGUGUUGAAGCAUUUGGAGAAGAGUUUAUAUUGGAUUUGAACCAUGACAUAUCGUUUCUAUCACCUUCUUUUAAUGUUCAUGUGUCUGGAGAAGCCAAUUUGGAUAUUCAUGAUGAGGAUAAUAGCAUUCAUUGUUUCUAUGCAGGGCAUGUAAAUGGACACUCAGAAUCCAGUGCUGUGGUCAGUCUCUGUGGUGGUAUGUUUGGUCUAUUCCACACUCACAAUGGCACCCAGUUCUACAUAGAGCCAGAGGGUGGGAUCACCCAUGGGGUAGAGACCAACACUAAACCCCACAUCAUCUACAGCAGUGGAACCCCACCAGACCACAGCACCCCGACCAGCCCCUCAGGUGGCUGUGGAGUCACAGGUAGGUCAAGCCAGGAAGACUUUGAACUUUUCAGAGCGUGCACAAGGGCAGAGAGUUUAAAGAGACAGUUUGUCUUAGCAUUGAGUGUACAUAUGUACUUUCUGUUAAAUCAUGUAAAUUGAGAAGUGGGUGCAUGGUACCGAUGUUGUCUGGUUGAAGAUGUUAACUUUGUUGAAUUGAAAUCAAAUUUGUAUUGCAUUAGUCAUAAAUAUCUGGGAAUUUAAUAGGGGGUACAAGUAUUAGAACAAUGUAAAAUAAAUUACUUUUUACCUUUAGAAACUCUGAAAGACUUAUGCCAAACUUUAGUAUUGUUUCAACCGAGUGUCAUUUCAAUACCAUUUUUUAAACAUACAUUAGUAAUGGGUUAUUUUCAAAUCCUUCUAGUAACACUGAUUCAUUUUGACACUCCUCUGAUAACCCUUUUAAAGGAAACAACCAAGCAUCUGUACAAUUGAAGUCAUCAUGGACGACUUUUCACUUCUUGUCAAUUUGUCAAGUCAAGCAACUGUUUUUUCUUUCCAUAAAGUUCAACUUUGGUAUUGCUGUUGACCUCUUCAAUCAUAGAUCUUAUAUGAUUUCAUGGAUUAACCAGAAAGCAAUUUUAUAAAGCCCUGACUUUGUUCUAAGGGAGCUUUCUAAUCCACUUUAUCCUGCAUCACUCAUCCAUUGGGAUGUCCUAAGUUGAUAGGCUUGUCUUCAUCAGCCAUAGUUUUCAACUUGUAUCCUGUUCUUUCUCAUGCAGCAAAUGAUUGUUAUUAGGCUAUUUCUUGGGUUAUCCUCAUCAACUUGUUGUUGUUGUUGCUAUUAAAUAAAUGUCUGUUUAAUGGAUUAUCCACAAACCACAACUGGCCCCCGUUGCAUAAAAGUUAUCAUAGUAACUUUGCCAUCCAAUUGUAACUACCAUGGUAAUGCUGAUCAACAGCCAAUCAGAAUCAAGCAUUCCAUGCAAGUUACCAUUAUGCAAACUCUUGUGCAACAGGGCCUUGAUUUUCCUUAGGAUGAUUUAGUUAUGUUGAAUAGGUCUAUAUGCUUACUGUACUAUGUAUGGUACAUGAUGCUAUAGUCCAUAGUCACAUUCUAUACUUGCUACCCAAAUUACCCCUAUUGGGCUGAUAAAAAUAGGGCUUCUUGAACUUCAUGGCCAGAAUCGUGAGAUAAACGAAGGAAAAGAAAAAACUCCUGGUUGAUGAAGAGCUGACUAUUGGGAUGGGAUGCCUUACGUUGCUGUGACUCAUCACACUGUUUUGUAUCCAGAAAUGAAUGGCGUCAGGUUUUUUACCUUGAAGAUAAAUUUAGCCUCUUUUAAAAUUCUAAUCCCCACUUGAUAAUCCUUCACCCCUUUACCCCUUCUCUGACAGUGAUGAGGGGCAUCUUUAAUCUUAAUCCCUGUAGAUGGAUGUGGGGAAGAAAGAUUUCACCCUAUUCUGUUGCUGUGAUUCUGUGAACAAUCGUACAUUGUUAUCUGGGGCUACUUGUUUCAAUGCGUUGAAUAAUACCAUACAGUGGCAAAAAUUAUAGUACUCAUGGCUGGAGAGAAUUUAACAUAUAUGAUUCAAGAAUUUUUAUUUUCACUAUCACUUCAGUCAUAAGUGAUAAUUUAUUUUCCACUUUUGAUUUCAAUUAGGUGUUAUUUCUGCAAAUUGGUGACAUUAUAAAACUUUGAUAUAAUUGCAUAACCAUAAGCUGAACAACCUUUACGAACAUACUCAUGGUAAGUUUGGAAUAUUAAAUAAGAAUGAUUAAAUGUCGAAAGUCAGAUUGGGUUGGGUGAGAUUUUGCAUGAUGUUUAUCUUAAGUAAAGCUUUUUAAAAUGCUAUCGGGCAUGACAGAUCAUUCACAAAAUGCUUUAAUGAGAAUGUAUGAGGAAGAAAUGACGCUUCCAUUCUGUAAUUGAGUUUAUGUCUUCACAUACAAGCAGCAGACAUUGCCCUCACUGAACCUCAAUCAAGGAGGGCAAGAGAGACUUAACUCACAGCGUGUCUCAUUACAACGAAAGCCUAUUAAAACAUUGACACUGCCAGACCUAUUGCUAAAUCGGGUUACUCGCUUGUACUCGGCAAGUCAGCGUGGGAUACAGUCUUCCCCCUCCCUUAUACUCCUGUAUUACCGGCUUCCUUUUUCAUCAUCAAUAGAAACUUUUGUGUCAGUUUAACAUGGUUCAUUCGGUUGGGUGAAUCGGAGGAGAAAACUCUCUCUUUGGUCUGUCGAAUUCGCUCACAAACGAGAGAGAAGUUAUCUUUUGGUCUGUGAAUCUUCUAUGGAUGUUUCUCAGUAUUUGAAUAGCUCUUCUGAUUUCCACAAAAGGCCCAUUCAUAGGAAAUGUAUAGGUACUGCCUUAGAGUGUUACAGUUGAUUGUGUAGGAAUAAAUAUGUGUGCACAUUAGGUGUGUAUGAUAAUUCUUUAAAUCUUGGUUAAGGGAGAGGAAGAAAGUACAGUGCAACUUCUCAAAUUUCUAUCAAUAAAAGGUACCAUAGGCGUAGCAUUCCUUGUAAUAAGAACAAAAAGAAGAACACUGUGCUAAUAGUCUUUGAAAAAUCAAUAGUACUUUAACAGCAGUGAAAGAACGUUUUGGUACUUCAGAGAUAUUAGACUUAAAUAGAUGUAUGGGUUGGUAAUAUAGCAUUUCAACAGGUCAAUACAUUGAUUUUUCCCCCAUUCUCUUGUCUUCUUCUCUGACCUGCUAGUUCUCCUUGGAAGAUGAUAUCUGGGUGCUCAAUUGCAGUUUUGUGAUGGUAUUGGAUUGAAGUUGACCCAACAAAUUAACCCAUUGAACCCUUUCUGACAGCAUUGAUUGAAGAACUCUGACCAUUCAAUAAAUCUUUAUAUAGUUUAUUUCUUUGAUUGCCCAGGGGAGGGGUUGAUAUUGUGGAUUUUCUCUCUAUAGGUGCUUUUAGACCACCUCAUGACAUGAAUAUUUGUGAAUUUCCGACGCUUGUUCAGGCCUCAUGAUACCCAAUAAUCCAUGCAUUCCUGCCUGCCCAAACCAAACUAAGUUUCUGCACAUGUAGUUAUCACGCUGUCUGAUACAAGACUACUGCAUAACAAAUAUGACCAUUCAUUCAUUCUUUAGUGAAAAUCCACUGUACUUUAGAGAAAUUGGUGCAAAAGUUCCUGGAAUGAAAAGUACAUUUCUAACCUGUAAAUAGGAAAUAUAAGACUAUCUUAAUAAAUCAGUAAGCUAAUUUUAUGUUUGCUAAAAUAAGGUUUAGCUGAAUAGACUUAAGGUUUAUGUUUCGGUUUAUGUUUGAAAUUUUGUGAUGACACAAAAUGUUGAUUGAUUCCAUCUUUUAGUGUGACUCUGGCCUUUGUAAUCUGUAUCACUACAUGUAUUUAAACCCAUGAUCUAAUUAAUCAAUAAAGUAUCUUCUUUCAAGAAUUUGAUUGAUUGUGUAUGGUAUGACUUUUGACUGCCUGAUUCCAUUAAUCUUAGCAGUCAAGAGAAUUCACAAUUAUAACUCUUUUGUGGUUACCCCCCACUUAUUUAUAGUGUUUAAUAAUGAUAAGGGAUUUGGAAAUAAUUAAUACAAUACAUCGGCAAUAAAGAUUAUAAGUGGACAUCAUUUCUGAAAUAAGGUAUAGUAUAAUGGGAAUUUAUUAUCUAUUUAAAAACGAGGGAAAUAAAUCAGUUUGAUUAUCUGAGAUGAGUUAAUUACGAUUGUCUGGGUAGCUUUAGGAUGGUGGUUAAGGGUGGUCUCAGGGGGGUCUAUUGUAUUUGAUCAAUGCUUUACAAACAACCAUUGAAAGGCACAGGAAAUGCAAAUGACUUUUCUCAAUCGCAAAUUGAUAUGUUUCUAAAUAGUAUUCUAUCAUUAAAGCGUUCCCUAGGGACAAGAACUCUAGCACAAUUGGGGUAGAGUUCCCUGGGUGAAACCAAGCUUACCCAUAUUUUGGUUGGCUAGACCGCAACAAUUUUCCCCUUCCCUCCUCAGCCCUAAAAUUUUAAAAAUGAGGGCUGUUUCUCUCUCCCAGGUCACCAUUUCACCUUAUGCAGUACAACACGGGCUUUGUGGAGCAGUGCGUGCCCUUUCAAAGAAAAAUUUUAAGAGCUCACUAGGUCGCAGUCACAAAGCAGUGAGGGAAAGAGGACAAGAAUUGCAUCCGGUCCUAACUUUAAUUUGUUGUGAGCUGUGAAAAAGGGAAGAAUGGAUUUAGGAGUUAUUUACUUGAUCCAAAUUGGAGAGUGUGUUCUACAGAAUAUUAGAACUUUAGGUGAAUUGAGAGCCACAUUGCGUCACUGUUCGACAUGCGAAGACAAUUUUUCCAUCUAUUUGUCUUAGGGUGUGUUCAAUGUUGGUUUCAAACAGCAACAUAAAUCAUGAUUCAAAACGUGAUUACAAAUCACGGAUAUAAUGAGAAACAAAGGGUGUGUUCAAUGUCCUACAUGUAUAUUCCUUGUUGUUGAAGUAAACGUCUUUAAAAUCAUGAAAAUUUAAGCGUCAAAAAAGAUGUGUUAGUAAACACGAUCAGCUCAAAUUUUACGAUCGUGAGCAUCACAAAUGCGGCAUUGAACACAAGUGAGUUUUGAAACGUCUUUAAAUUUACCUUCGCAGUGGAAGCCUACACAAACAGGUGCCAGAACAGACUUUUCUUGUGAUGGGUCAAACUGCGCACUAAAGCUGCGCUUACAAAAGCGGGAAAAUUUAAAGAUAAUCGGCAUAUUAUUUUUUUUAACGGCUUUAUAUUUUUUUACUCUGAACAGUGCACCACUGAUCGCGUUUGUGUUCGGUGUUUUGCGAUUGAAUUUUCAAUCACGAUCCAUGUUGCUGUUUAAAUUUGGAAACCGACAUUAAACACCCUUAGUGUGUUUUUCAGGGGUUACAAUAAUCUAUUUUGGCCUAUAGUCUUGCAUCUCAACCUGCAAAGUUUUUAUAUAGGUGAAUACUAAACAAAGGAUACAGAUGAAUGAAUGAAAUAAUUCAUAACUAAAUGAUUUAAUGAAAUGAAUGACCAAAGGGUUGAAUUGAUGAAUUAAUGAUUGGAUUUAUGGAUGGAUGGU